ACCUUUCAGGAUCGCCCACUACAAGGAAACUGGUGAGGAGACCAGGAAGAAAGCAGCGCCACUCCUUCUGUUACUGAACACCAGAGCCAGGGUGGCAGCCUCAAGUGUCAUUCGGAGCUGUCAUUCGUGUCCUCUACACGGCAGGCCUGGGGACUCAGCGAACCAUUCCCCGGAGCAGUCUCGCAAGCUGGUGGCUCCAGUCCAGCCUGUAACUGACUACAGGCGAGCGCCCUAGCCAGGCCGGGGAGCCUGCGGUGGUCUCCGACUGGAGCUGCAGCCAUGGGAAACACCGCGAGCGACCGGGUGGCAGGGGAACGCCAUGGCACUAAGGCUGCACGCGCUGAGGGCGCCAGCGGCCAUGGCCUGGACAGGGAGCAUAAGAUCAUGGUGGGCAGCACAGAUGACCCCAGCCUCUUCAGCCUACCGGACUCCAAGCUCCCUGGGGACAAAGAGUUUGUGUCAUGGCAGCAGGAUUUGGAGGACUCCGUAAAGCCCACACAGCAGGCCCGGCCCACUGUUAUCCGCUGGUCUGAAGGAGGCAAGGAGGUCUUCAUCUCUGGGUCCUUCAACAAUUGGAGCACCAAGAUUCCACUGAUUAAGAGCCAUAAUGACUUUGUGGCCAUCCUAGACCUCCCUGAGGGAGAGCACCAGUACAAGUUCUUUGUGGAUGGACAGUGGGUUCAUGAUCCAUCAGAGCCUGUUGUUACCAGUCAGCUUGGCACAAUUAACAAUUUGAUCCAUGUCAAAAAAUCUGAUUUUGAGGUAUUUGAUGCUUUAAAACUAGAUUCAAUGGAAAGCUCGGAGACAUCUUGUCGAGAUCUUUCUAGCUCACCCCCAGGGCCUUAUGGGCAAGAAAUGUAUGUAUUUCGAUCUGAGGAGAGAUUAAAAUCCCCACCCAUCUUGCCUCCUCACCUUCUUCAAGUUAUUCUUAACAAGGACACUAAUAUUUCUUGUGACCCAGCCUUGCUCCCUGAGCCCAAUCAUGUUAUGCUAAACCAUCUCUAUGCGUUGUCCAUUAAGGACAGUGUGAUGGUCCUUAGCGCAACCCAUCGCUACAAGAAGAAGUAUGUUACUACUCUGCUGUACAAGCCCAUCUGAAGAAAUCCCUCCUGCCUCCCAGGCUUCAGAAGCAUCUCCCUUGCCUACCUGAGACUGGAAGGUUGAUUUGCUUGCAGGCUGAUAAGUGUGUUUCAGAGCCUCUAAGUAGGAUGCUCUGCUUUUGCAUUUGAUUGAAGAUGAGAGCUUUAUGAAUUCAUGGAAUUUAUUUUAAGUAAAAAGUUACAUAUAUAUACAUAUGGGAAGGAGGUUAAUGGAAGCCUCCUAGCUAGAUGUAUUCUAUCUGCCAGUGGUACUCACCAAGAACUGUUUAGGGAAGCUGCAGGAAGAACCUUCAUUAUAGGAAGCUUUUUUCCUAAAAUGAAUGGAGAGCAAACUCAGGAUCCAUGAUGGGUGGAGAAUCUAUCUCUGCUUCCUUGGCUUUCCAGGGAAUGGGCUUGUGCCAGAGUCCUGCCUUCCUUAUAGCUGCCUGCUUGCAGGGGCGGCUUUUCUUGCAUGGUUUUUCUGUAUUUCCAGAGUAUGUGGCACAAUCAGUGUUUUUUAUAAUACCAGAUGCUCCAUAAGUACCCCUUCUCAUUUCACAUUCUUGCUUUGAUAAACUCUUUCAAGUCCUAUACCUGACCAUCCCCUAACAAAAAAAUCAUUGGGUAAAUGGCCCCUUUCAACGGCUGUGUAAUAUCUGACCCACCUCGGAGACGAAGGCUGUCAGAAAGCCUCCUUUUUGAUCCCAGCACAGGCCCAGGGUAUCUGUUACCACUUGGCUCAGCAUUAUAAGAAAGGCAAGAAUGCAGGUCUAUUUUCUUGUUUGCAUCUGAUGCCACAGCUUAGGAUGAUAUAUUGGCACAUUCCCAUGGGUUUUCCCACAAGGCUUGGCCCUGUUCCAUGUUCUUUUUCAAAGCAGACAACUCUGAAGGUGGUAGGAGUGGACCAGGGAAAAUUUGCAUCUCUUUCAUCCUUGGAAGAUUUUAUGUGCCUACAUUUUUCUUCAGUUAAAAAUGCCUUUUCAUUAGUCUUAAGAGAAUGCAUAGAAUUCAGGCUCUUGAUAAAUGAUUCCCAAGAUUUUCUUCCCUAGUCUAGUCCUCUACAACCUUACAUUAAUGUGGUUGACCCUGUGCACAUUGUUAAUUAAAUGCUGCUCUAGAUACAGAUUUAUUCAAGCAAAUUUGAUACAUCUAAAAGGUUCCCUUAACUUAAAGAUUCAUUAGGUCAAGAAGCAAGAAAGUACCCUUGGUGUUUUCAGCCAUGAAAAGUAGUGCCUCCUUGCACUAAGUGCUAAUAGGAUCAUUUUGUUCUGCCUCCAUUUUAAGAACAUGUUUGAUGAUGAAAUGGGGUCAAUGACUUACAUUUGUGGAAUGAAAAGUGGCUAUUCAAUCCACUCUUGGGGUGCAUAGAACAUUUUCCAGGUAUCUGUGCCUCUUCCAUUAUGGAUAAAGGUGACUCAAACAUUUAACACUGAAGGAGGCCAAACUUAAUGCCCGAGAAAAUGGUAAACUUGAUACCUUGCCUGCUAAGAUGAGCCCAGCCACACAGAAAGGGCACCCACAGGUCAGUUUAGUUGCCUCCUGCUUUCCCAUACAAAACUGACAGAGUUGUCUUCCUGUAUGUAGACCUCUUAGAUCCUCUUUGUGAGGCAGUAGGGUGUGGGGUUGUUUUGCAGGGAAUGCAGAUUGCUAAAUUCUUUGGUGCUUAAUUGCUGAGAGUAAAUAUUGCUUUAGCCACACAGACCUCUUUCUGAAGCAAUAGGCUUUUGUGGAGAACUUACUGUCCCAACCACUUUAUGAAUGGUAUGUCAUUUAAAAAAUCCAGGCCAAAUCCUAUUUUAACCAACUCUUAGGAUCUACAUCAUCUUCAGUUAAACUAGAUUUUUUUUCUAAUACACAUUAAUAAGUGGCCAUUUAGGAGGAUUAAAAAUCUUGGAUGUUGCAUAAAUGACUUUGUUGUAGACACAUUUCUUGUCAACAGUAUUGAAAUGUAAUUACCUGUGUGUUCAUGUAUUAAAAUUUUUAUUCCACACAGGCGUAUCAGUAGAGUGGGACAGGAAAAGAGAUCCCUUCAAUUUCUCUCAGGCCAGAGGCUCCAUUGAAUUGGGUCUGGCUGCAAUGACAGUAGGUUUUAGUGAUACUGAUCUUCACAUCUUUCUAAUUUGGAAAUGGCCAGAGAGUGUCAGCUUCUCCAGUUCUGAGGAAAUCUCUCAGCCAGAUUUGAAAUGGGAAUCUACUAGCUGAUGUGGAAGGUGACAGGUAGGAAGAACUACAGGAUGACUCCUUCAAUAUUGUUCCUUCUUUAUACUGCUAAUACACCCCAUGGCCCUGAGAAGCCCUAUCACACUUUCAGUCUGUCCCCAGGGAACUGCUUUAGAAGGUAGAUAGGGAGGGAAGAAGGUAGCCCAAAGUACAACUCAGUCACUCAUUCUUUUAUAUUGGUUAAAGAGGUAGUUUAUUUCUGCAGAAGAGAGUUUGGCAGAUUUUGAAAAUGCAUAAAAGCAAGAAAAAAAAGUUUUGGCUUUUUCUGGGGGUGUUGGGGAGUUACAGGAGUUCCAGAGUCAGAAGAGUAAAAAAUAGCUCUUGGGACAGUUAACUUUUAAAGAACUGCAUCAUGGUCUGGGGGUUGUGGGAAAAAGAAUGACUUAGCUGAGGAGUAAUACUAAGAAAAUAAAGCCUCAAGUAACUCAGAACUAUGCUUUUUUAAAGUAAAUAAAUCAGGCAUAACAUACUGGUGUCCUUGGAUCCCAUUGUACAGAAUUUACUGUAUAAAACACCUUUCCUUUUA